AUGGCCUUGCUAGAGCGUGUAAAAUUUAGGAUGUUAUUGAUGGUAAUCUUAUUAAUCCAAGUACCAUCUGAAGGAGAUGGAGAUCCACGUGUGAACUUUCUAAACAAAGUCCUUUACUUUGUUCGCAACGAACGUUCAGUUGAAACAUUGUUUUUACUACAUCAUACUGAAGAUACAAAUUGCAUCCUUAAGGACUGGAAUCCUAUGGGAGUUCCAACUCUUCGUUCAAAUGAAUUGACUGAUCUGAGCUUGGAAAACUCGUAUAACCACAAUGCAUUGGCCCUGGUUUGCGUAACGGAACAUUUUCAUGGAGAACUUCUCAAAACUCUGGCUAGAGCAUUUGAAGGAAUGCGGCAGGAGCGUAUAAUUCUGUUGAUUCGGCGGAAACCAGAUCCAGAUCUAAUGCAUCAUAUUUCUCAACAAGUUAAGGAUCUAGAAUUUUUGCAUAUGAUAGUGCUGAUUGUCGAAAAACAAGACUAUAACGAUGUUAUUGCAUUUGCUCUUCGUUUGAAACCUUUUCCCGAACCGCACUUCAAGAAGGUUCGCAACCUAUUUACCGGUAAAAACAUUUUUCCCCAUUAUGCUUCCUUUCAGGGAAGGGUGGCAAGUAUUAUACCGAAUGAAGUCCAAUCCGUAUAUAGAGCAGGCUCACAAAUAAUCUUAGAAUUUGCUCGGAAAUACAAUGCAUCCCUCCGAUUGCAAGGGUCAGCAACUCAGGAUAAGACUGAAAUACCUAAGGAUAACUAUGACAUCGACAUGAACUUGCGUCUGUCCAAUAGUAAGAACUUUUCGAACAACAUUUUUCUGGUGGCAACACUGUCUUCAAGCUCCCUAUUAAUUGUGGUGCCAUGUGGAAUGGAGCUGAGCGGCGUGGACAUCUUUAAGGAGCUCGGAAUGGGGACCCUGACCUGGUCGGCUUUGAUUUUUUACCUCACCUUCGCUUUGGUGGAGGCGACUUUCGUUUACAUAUCCAAUCGCAUCAAUGGAACACAUUUUAGCAUCAGGUUUACGAACCCAUUUGUGAACCUUCGAGCCUUCAGGGCUCUUUUGGGCCAUGCUUUUCCCGUCUCCAACCGAUCCAGUCCAUCAAUCCAACUUUUCCUCUGUUUAAUGAGCUUUUUUGGGACACUGUUUGGCUGCUUUUUCGCCUGCAAACUCAGCUCUUUUCUGACUAAGAAGCCCCAUGACUCGCAGAUUGAGACCUUUUCAGAGUUACGUGAAAGUGGUCUGACCAUCGUGGUGGAUGCAUCUACGAAAGAGUUUAUAGAGCUUGAAAUCAAUGGUGACUUUUUUAACCACGAAGUUCCUAAUGUCAGGAUUACGUCAUCUCUGGAAUUUAUUAAACUUAUCGAUUCAUUAGAAAUGAAUGCCGGCUUUCUAGUACAUUCCAUUCCUUGGACCUUUUUUAAAGAAGUUAUGAAAGAGCUGAAUCGUAAAGUCUAUUGUGAGGGCAAGAACUUGACGAUAAUAGAGAAUGUGCCGUCGACGUUCUUCCUCCAAAGGAACACAAUCUUUAGCCAGAAGAUGCGAGACUUCAUUUUGAAUACUGAUGUUUCAGGUUUGGGCACAUACUGGAUGAAAUUAGCUGGCCAACAAAUCAAAGCAUCUAUUAAAGCAUCUAUUAAAUCAUCCAUGCGCGGUUUCGAGGAGCAUCCAUCGCAUCUUCCACUCUCUUUUGAUCAUUUCAAAUGGCUGUGGACCCUACUCGGAAUUGCCUACAUCAUAUCAUUUAUGGUCUUCGUAAUGGAAAUCUGUUGGGCUAAGAGUCAUAAGCGUAUGAGAAGGGGAAACAUAUAUCCAUGUUAG